UGGUGGCAUUGUUGGAAUGGAUAAUUUUGAGGUUGGUUGUCUAUAAAUUCUAAAUUCUAAGUAAAACGUUAAACGAGUCUACAUUUAUAAGUAAACUCAUAAUGUAGGGAUUAGUGUGACAAUCCAUUUAAUUCAAUUCAAUGAUUCAUGAUACUCUACCUAAAUUUUGAUACGAAUAUAAAAAAAAAAAUUAGUAUAUAAUUAAGUCUACGUAAUUGAAAAAUUCACAUAAAUAAUUUCGAUAAAAGAAUAUAGUUGAAGAAAUACCUGAGCAGCAACCGAAACACGACGGCGCGUGUUUAACGCAUCCUUCGCUACUCGCGUGCACCUCACCUACUCAAAAACUAUCUUCCUUUGCAGAUCUCAAGCACCGAGUAUCUGGGAAACGUAAAAGAGAAGAAGGUCCUUUACGUAAUUUCAGUCCACCUGCACCGCAUCUCCAAGCCCUCCCCCCUCUCUGCUAACUUCCGCCUGGGCGUCAACUCCACGCGCCUCCACUGAUUUUCCCCCUCUCUCUUCCGCGGAACCUUUUGAAGAGAACGGAGAGGAAGAAAAAAAAAUGCGGAUAUGUUUUGCUCUGUUGAUUCUCCUAUUCAUUUUCGCCCCACUCAACGCCGGCGAUCCGAUCCCUGAAAUCGGCGCCGUAAACGGUACGCUUUCGAACGAUACGUCUAAAGCGAAGGACAACACUUUCGCUACUAUGAUUGAUCACGCAUUGGAGAAAGAGUUCAACGAGACUGAUGAACUCUCCGACGUCACUGAUCAUGGGAGCUUCAACAACAGUGUGGCAGAACAACAGGCAGUUUUGGAAACUGUUGCUAGAGUUAAGCCCAAGAAAAAUGAGACAAAAGAUGAAAAGCCAUUUCAGUUCCAUGAUGUGUUUAAUCUUGAUAACGAGAAUCGACCUGAUGAGACACCAACCUUGAUAGAUAACAAGGACAAUGUCUUCAUUAUGUCCAAUCCCAAGUCAAAAUUUCCUGUCUUACAGUUGGACUUAAGAUUCAUAUCUGAUCUAGUAGUUGUAAUUGUUUCCGCAACCUGUGGUGGAAUUGCCUUCGCUUGUGCUGGACAACCGGUUAUAACUGGAUAUUUACUAGCAGGAUCUAUUGUUGGACCAGGGGGUUUUAGCUUUGUCAGUGAAAUGGUGCAAGUUGAAACAGUGGCACAGUUUGGAGUUAUUUUUCUUCUUUUUGCACUGGGCUUGGAAUUCUCCGCAGUGAAGAUUCGUGUUGUGCGAGCAGUUGCUGUCUUUGGCGGGUUGCUUCAGAUAUUUCUGUUCAUGUGUUUGUGUGGGAUAACAGCCUUGUUGUGUGGUGGGGAAGCAUCUGAAGGUGUCUUUGUUGGUGUAUUCCUCUCAAUGUCUUCAACGGCAGUGGUUCUAAAAUUUUUGAUGGAAAAGAACAGUAUCAAUACAUUACAUGGGCAGGUCACAGUUGGAACCCUUAUUCUGCAGGAUUGUGCAGUGGGUUUGCUAUUUGCCCUUCUUCCAAUCCUUGGUGGUACUUCUGGUGCUCUUCAAGGAAUGGUUUCCAUGACAAAAUUGUUCAUGGUGUUAGUUGCAUUUUUGGUCAUUUUGUCAAUAUUAUCCCGCACUUGUAUACCUUGGUUUCUUAAGUUGAUGAUUAGCCUGUCCUCACAGACAAAUGAACUAUAUCAAUUGGCAUCUGUGGCUUUCUGCUUGCUUGUUGCUUGGUCUAGUGACAAGUUGGGCCUGAGCCUUGAAUUGGGUUCCUUCGCUGCUGGAGUCAUGAUAUCAACAACUGAGUUUGCUCAGCAUACUCUCGAACAGGUGGAGCCAAUCCGAAACUUAUUUGCUGCCCUUUUUCUAGCCAGUAUCGGAAUGCUUAUUCAUGUUCAUUUUCUUUGGAACCACAUUGACAUUUUGCUGGCAGCUGUUAUAUUGGUGAUUAUAAUAAAAACAGUUGUGGUCACUUUGGUCGUGAGAGGAUUUGGCUACAAUAACAAGACUUCACUUCUUGUAGGGAUGUCUCUUGCACAAAUCGGAGAAUUCGCUUUUGUUCUUCUUAGCCGGGCAUCAAACCUUAAGCUGAUUGAGGGUAAUGUGUACAUGCUGCUUCUUGGAACAACAGCUCUCAGUCUGGUAACUACACCAUUAUUCUUCAAGCUCAUACCAGCUGUGGUACAUCUUGGCGUGCUUUUACGGUGGUUUUCUCCUGAUGUAGCACACGAGAUUGGAAUUAGGGGAGAUAUAUUGCGUGCAGACAGUGUUAAGCAUAUUUCUUUGAUGGUCAGAGGCACUCACGAUUCAUGAUAUAUAUAAAUAAAAGUAAUAAAGAAACCCACACGAGUGCAAAUAUCGGAACUUUGAUGAUGAUGGCAGCAUUCUUAUGCUAUCUAUUAUGGGGGACAGGUGUUUAAGAGUGCAAAGGAGGUUGACUGAAAAAACCCACUGAAAGUCAGUUCUCGUUUUAGCAAAAGCCGAUCGAGAGUUGCUCCUCUGCUCUUAGGGACAAUUUUGGAAUAUCGCACCGCAGAGUAACUUUUUUUUUUCUUUCUCCUCGCAUUUCUCCGUUUGUGCUGUUGCUGCAGCAAAUUUGUGAAUCUCCUCCAACAUAUAUCUAUCUAACGUAGUGAUUCUUUUUUUUCGUUGCGCCCACCGUUUAUUAUGUUAUAGAGAUUACUUACACAACUGGAAAUAUGAUUAAACCAUCUUGUUAAACUGAGAUAGCAGCAGGUGUACAUUAUUUAUGUACUAUAGUUUUCCACUAUAUAAAUUUCCAAUUUUUGAUUGUUUCAA